AUGACAACGAUUCAAACAAAUCACCCUACACAAAUUCGUCAGCGUGGCAAAGUCAAGUUUUUCAACAUGCAAAAAGGUUACGGAUUUAUCAUUCCUUAUAACCCUCCCGAACAUGAUAAAUGUGAAG